UUCGGAAAAUGGCGGCCUCCUCGAAAGACCUAAAUUUUGCCUGGAACGUUAUUUCAUCAACACUAUCACCUGUCAAAGAUUCCAUAUCUAGUGACUAUAGUGACCGAGAUGUUGAGACAUCAGUUGAUGUUCUUCGACAUGCGGGCAUAUCUCACAUAAUUGCUGAGUGGUUCUUGGAGACCAUCAAAAAACACUUGCGUCAAACGAUUGCACCAACAUUUUGGAGCAACUUUGAACAUGACCCUAGUGCUUCACAAAACUGCUACCAGUUGGCAGUUGCUAUAAAUGCACUCCACCAAAGUCUCAUGGAUUAUGAGUCAUACAUACAAAAAAUUAUGCUGAUUCAGCAAUAUUUAUCGAGCCAUGGGAUUAAAAUGUGUAGCAAUGUCAAAGAGAGAUGCCAUGUGUUAUACAGAGCUAUAAUCUUCAAUUCAUGUCCUAUAUACUUUCAAGAUAUAGUGAAUAAAUUCUACACUCAGGCGUUCAAGGUGUUCCAUAGGAUAAACCAAGAGGAAGACACAGCAGAUGUUGAUGAGGGUGUACAAUGUGCAGGUUGUGAAGAUGAUAAGGAAACAUGUCAGUGUAGCAAGAUCAUGGAGACUUUCCAUACAGUGAAUAGACAGUUAAAUGAGCUUGGUCUUUUACAAAGAAUCUCUGGGGAAGCUGUGACGAGGAUCAUUCAUAAACGUAUAGAAGAACACAUUGAUGAGACUUGUAAGGGAAACUUUGAGAGCACCUUCCUUGAAACAUUAGAAAAGUGGUUGGAAACAAAGGUAUUAGGAUGGCUGUUAUUGGUCUACAACCAAGAUGAUGACAAGCCUAGCAACCAGCCUAGCAGCAAGAACCAAGAAAAUGCCAAACUCACAACAAAGGAAUGCAUAGAAGCCUACAAAGGACGCCUGAUGCAUUUUCUUUAUGAAACUUAUGCCAAUGUUCAAAUCUCUCAGCUGUUUAAUAUCAUCAUUGAAUACCCAGAUUCUGAACCUGCUUUGAUUGACCUGAAGGCUUGUCUCGAAAAGACGGACCUCCGAGGACAUUUGGUUGAAUCGCUACGAACUGCACUUGAAACUCGACUGCUUCAUCCAGGUGUGAACACAGAUGAUAUUUUGGUGGCAUAUAUAUCAGCUAUAAGAGCCUUGAGGGUACUGGACCCUACUGGAGUCAUCUUAGAGCUGGUCUGUGAACCAGUGAGGAAGUAUCUGAGGUCACGUGAGGAUACAGUACGGUGUAUAGUCUUUAGUCUGACCAAUGAUGGAUGCAAUGAAUUAUCUGAGGAACUGGUCAAAGGUCAUCCCCUCGUUCUGGAUGAGAGUUACCAUAGUGAUGAUGAAUCUGAUGACUGGGAAAACUGGUCACCUGACCCAGUAGAUGCUGACCCUGCUAAAACCUCCAAGAGUCGUCGAACAUCUGAUAUCAUCAGUAUGCUAGUCAACAUCUAUGGUAGUAAAGAACUGUUUGUGAAUGAAUACCGUACACUGUUGGCUGAUAGAAUACUCACUCAGUACAACUACGACACUGAGAAAGAGAUCAGAUACCUGGAACUCUUGAAGCUGAGGUUUGGGGAGACUCAGCUGCAUUAUUGUGAGGUGAUGUUGAAAGAUGUAGCAGAUUCUAAACGGAUCAACACUCACAUCAUGGAGAAGCGAGGACAGCAGCCUAAAGCACAGGAAGACAAAGAAGAUGAGAUUCCAGUGAACUCUAUGGUUCUAUCUGCUCAAUUCUGGCCAUCAUUCCGAGAGGAGAAAGUUGAACUUCCUGAGAUUAUGCAGAAGUCACUUGAGACUUACACCAAGUCUUAUGAGGCUCUGAAAGGCAACAGAACUUUAGACUGGAAACCACAUCUAGGACUCAUGAAUAUUGAGAUUGAGCUGAAAGACCGUAAACUGAACAUGAAUGUGUCACCUGUUCAUGCAACUAUUCUCAUGCACUUCCAGGAAAAAUCCAGAUGGAGUGUUGAAGAAUUGAGUGGGGUCAUGCACAUGGCCAGCUCAACAUUGAGACGUAAGAUCACUUUCUGGCAGAGUCAGGGUCUAUUGAAGGAGGAAACAACUGAUACAUUUGUACUGGUAGAGGAGCACAAGGGCAAAACACAUGAGGUUGUUAUAGAGGAUGAGGAAGUAGAAAGUGCAAUGGCAUCCAGUGAAGCACAGAGAGAGGAGGAACUACAGGUGUAUUGGUCAUAUAUAGUAGGAAUGCUGACCAACUUGGAGACAUUACCAAUAGAUCGAAUCCACAGCAUGUUGAAGAUGUUUGCCAUGCAAGGUCCUACAACAGCAGAGUGUACAAUACAAGAAUUGAAGGCUUUCUUAGACAGAAAGGUGAAAGAACAGAAACUGUUAUUCACUGGUGGUGUAUACAGACUCCCUAAGCCUGGAUCAUAGCAUACAUAAACAUUUUAGUAUAAAUAUGUACAUGUAUGAUACUAUUCAAUAUAAUGGGACAUUGAUUAUGCCAAAUAAAAGGGUACUUUAUAUUUACAUACAUUUCCCUUCAAAUAUUUGGCAACCCUUACUUCACCAUUAUUUAGAUACAUGACUUAUAAAACCUGUUUUUGUUUGAAUUUUUAUAUGCAUUACGUUUAAUGGAAAAAAUACCUUCUAUCCUAAACAGGCUACUACAUGAAGUCUUAUGGGGUGGUUAAGAUUGCCAAACUUUUAUACAGGAGUGUAGCUUACGGAAGUGAAAGGGACAGCCAAACAUUUGCAAAUCAAUAUCUUGCAUUUAUUCUGUAAAUUCGAAAUGCCCAGCGCAUAUGGGUGAAUAAAAAAGGCACAAGGCGAACAAUAUGGCACCCUUAAAAAGAAUAUCAGUAUGACUAUAUGUAAAACUUAUGAUUAUGGUUAGUUUGUAAUCUUUGGAGAUUGUUGAGACAUAAUCAAAAAUGGAUACCUUAA